AUGCUUCAGCAUGAAGUCCUUAAAAUCCAGAAGGUCAGAUAAGAUGCUGCGUUGUGUUCUGACAGUAAUGUGAGGGAACCAAAAUAAAGAGACAAUUUAGUGGCUGUCAAAAAGCUUUCCAUUAUGGAGUGAUGUCAAUUUAAAUUUCUGAAUAAACUAAAACCACUAAUUAAAUAAACCAGCUGACUUAGCCCUACCUAGUUACAUCUUGCAUUAAGCUAAUAAAACAUUAAAGUAAUUUGUGGUUGAUUGGAAUAUAGAACUUGUAUAUUAUCCUGUGUUUUCAAAGUCUUUAAAGGACAAUGCCAGUGUUCUUGAAUGCCUUUGCACAUUUAAUUACCACUCAUGCUACACCUUAAAGCAGUUAGGCCUAUAAUACAGUGAAAAAUAAAUAUGCUUAACACAUCACAAAGAACGAAACAAACAGUAAUUUGUAUUUAUUAAUGAAUACAGUUGUAAAUUAAAAUAUAAACGCAUUUUAAGACAAUAAUUCACAGUAAUAUGAAUAAAUAUCAAGAAAAGAAGAAUUGACAUAAUAGGUGGUCCAACAAUGGUUCCCAACCUUGGGGUCAGGGCCCACAAAGGGGGUGUUGGAAUUAAUUUAAGGGAUCACACUGUGAAAAUUAGAGAAAAAAAAUGUUUUCAUACUUUUCUCUAACCUUUCCCAUUUGUUUUUAAAACGGCAGGCCUAUAUGAGUUUAUUAAUAAUCCAACUCAAAACCUAAAACACGUUCAGAACUUGCAUUUACCAUAAAACCACAUCUCUCAGUGGACUAUCGUAGCCUAUAAUGUUAUCUAUAACCUUACUCACACACCCAUGGUUGUACCAAAAACAAAAUUAUUCAUUCAAGGACGUAUAUACGCCGAAAACACUCCAUUUCCCAGAAGCCUUCAGCAUACCGGGAAGCCGAGGUACAAAGUCACCACCUCGCAACGGCCAAUGAGCUGAACAGUCGAACGCAGAAUCAAACUGUGAUUGGACAUCGAACACUGAGUGCAAAUCACUUGUUAUUGCGCGUGCGAAUAGGAACAGUCGUCUGUCGUCAACCUCCCCCCAUGAGGCUCAAACCAUACCGCUAUGUUUCGCUUUUCCGGCUAAGUAGCAUAACAAGUGAACUGCGGUUAACAGUGCGUCCCUUAUGCUGGUUCAGACCGGCAUUUCACACCGGUCUUCCUUUACUUUUCGCCCGGAAACUCGCGAUGCAGUCGAGUCGAAAUGUAACCACCAGCAGCAACUGCGGCGGCACAGCGGAGACGCAAGGUUCGGGCCUUCUCGGCAACAUCCCGACUGUCACAACAGAAGCUGGGGGUCCUCCGGCGGAGAAGACACGAGCGGUAAGUACGCUCCUCGUCAACGAGCGAAACGCGAGGACCCCGAGUCCCCUGUUUGCGGGAAACUGUGAUGACGACUCGGAGGCAGAGGCGUUCAGAGAUGGGAGAACCGAGGAGGUCGACCGGGACACCAGGGGCAGGGCGUUUACUUGGUGCCGUGACUUUCUGUCAGGGACUUGGAAGACCAUCAAAGAGCGUGAUUUUCAAAUCAGCAUCGUCAGUGGUGGACUGAGUAAUCUGCUGUACCUGUGUAGUUUGCCGGACCACGUACACUGUGUGGGAGAGGAACCUCACCAGGUGCUCCUCAGAGUCUAUGGUGCCAUCUUACAGGGAGUGGACUCCCUGGUGUUGGAGAGCGUGAUGUUCGCAAUCCUGGCGGAACGAACUCUAGGACCAAAACUUUACGGCGUCUUCCCUGAAGGACGCUUGGAACAGUACCUUCCGAAUACUCGCAUGCGCACGGAUCAACUGUCAAAUCCAGCCAUAUCAACUGAGAUUGCCACCAAGUUGGCCCGUUUCCAUGAAAUGAGCAUGCCCUUUAACAAAGAGCCUAAGUGGCUCUUUGGGACCAUUAACAAAUACAUGGAUCAAGUGAUGUCCCUCACUUUCCUGCGUGAAGCACAUGUGAAGAAGUACAAGAAGCUGAUGAAGUUGGACCUACCUGCUGAGCUGGAGAGCCUCCGUGCGUUGCUGGCAGCGACUCCAUCGCCAGUGGUGUUCUGCCACAAUGACGUCCAGGAAGGUAACAUUCUGAUGCUGGAUGACAAGGACCACCACUCAACAGAUACACUCAUGCUCAUCGACUUUGAGUACAGCAGCUACAACUACAGGGGUUUUGACUUUGGGAACCAUUUCUGUGAGUGGAUGUAUGACUACACCUAUAACCAGUGGCCCUUCUACAAAGCCAUACCGGAGAACUAUCCCACCAGAGAGCAGCAGCUUCUUUUUAUCAGAGGUUAUUUGGCAGAGCGGAGAAGACACUCUGACAUUACCAUGGACCAGACACAGAUGGAAGAGGACCUGAUAAUUGAAGCUAACAGGUACGCAUUAGCAUCACAUUUCCUCUGGGGGCUGUGGUCCAUCAUUCAAGCCAAGAUAUCCCAGAUUGAGUUUGGAUACAUGGACUAUGCCAUGUGUCGUUUUGAUGCCUACUCCAAGCAAAAAAAGCUCUUCUCCGGAUUUCCACCAUGUUGAUCUGAAUGUGAUGUCUAUUUUUUUCAACUGUGUUAUGUUCUUGAAACUCCGGUAUUAUGCAGCUCUCCUUAUGACAAGCAAUGUUGGAUGAAGGAUGGACAUUUAGAUUUGAACACAACCCCUUUUAUUGAAGCAACUCUCCCCACAGUGGGACAUUUUGUUCGAGCUCUUUAGUAUUGAAUGUUGUUGUUAAUCAUUUGAGAGGCUCGGUCACUCUGACGGUCGGCUAUUGUAAUGUUAGCUGCCAGAGACAUCCUGUCUUUAAACUUCAGACUGUACAUUUUACUGUUCUAGUGAUUUUGGUGUGGGUAGGUUUUUGUGUAUCUCUUUGCUUUUGUGUUUUUUGUCCUACCUCACAUCUUUCUUCUGAUGUUUAUUCUGUAUUCUGAUUUUUUUGUUCAAGGUCCAAUUAAGUUAAAAGCUUACCCACAUUCAGCAAAUUAUUGCACAAGGGCUGUUUAAAACAGUACCACCGUAGUCAACAAUAAUGUAAAUUUAAGAGAACAGUUACAAAGUAUAAGGCAGUUAAGUCACAAUUAUUGGAUCUAUUGACUGCACAGUUUAACUGUCUGCCCGUAUUCCAUUCAGCUUGUAUUUUUGUCAUUUGUCAUUCUGACCUGUUGUAUUAGGUUAACUAAAAUGUCCAUCUGUGCAUAUGCAUGUAACCAUCUCAACCUGAAGUGCUUAAAUUAGAUCCAGAAUGAAUUAAGAUCUAUAUUACAAUAAAUUCUCAUCAUGACUUUCUCUUUGGUGUAUUUGAAUGUGAAGCGGGGUUUGGACUUCUUCUGAUCCCUUUUUUUAUAUUUCUCAGUAGGAUUUCUGUCCUCUUUCCACAACAGACGUAUCAUUUAAAAACUAAUAAACAUGUAUGCUUAGAACCUGUA